UGCGCGGGCGCGGGCUCGCUCGCCGGCCGUCCUGCGGGCGGGCGCCCGCGGCCGUGGGAAAUGCAACUAUCAAUAUUGACUCCAGAAGAGAGAAGGUUAACAAUGGAAGACGUUGGGAAGGUUAUCAGAAAGCUGUCGUCAUCAAUGCCAGGCUCGGUCGAUGUCACAGGUUAAAACGUUUCCCCGGAGAAGAAAGACCGUAAGCACCAUGAUGGACUCAGAAGUGCAUGAUAAGAGGCCCCCAAUGUUGACCUCUUCAAACCAGGACCUGUCUCCUCACAUCGCAGACGUGGGUGAGGUAAAGCAUUACUUCUGUGGCUGCCGCGCGGCGUUCAACAAUGUGGCCAUCACCUACCCUGUCCAGAAGAUCCUCUUUCGGCAGUAGCUGUACGGCCUCAAAACCCGGGAUGCGAUACUCCAACUGAGAAGGGAUGGGUUUCGAAACUUGUAUCGUGGGAUCCUUCCCCCGCUGAUGCAGAAGACAACCACGCUGGCGCUUAUGUUUGGUCUGUACGAGGACCUGUCACGCCUGCUCCGCAAGCAUGUGAGCGGUGCUCCCGAGUUUGCCACCAGAAGUGUGGCGGCGCUGCUUGCUGGGACAACAGAAGCCAUUCUCACUCCGUUAGAAAGGGUUCAGACUUUGCUUCAGGACCACAAGCAUCACGAUAAGUUCACAAACACUUACCAGGCCUUCCGGGCCCUGAGAUGCCAUGGAAUCGCAGAGUAUUACCGAGGCUUGGUGCCUAUCCUUUUCCGAAAUGGAUUCAGCAAUAUCCUGUUUUUUGGCCUUCGAGGGCCCAUUAAGGAGCAUCUGCCUACUGCCACCACGAAUAGUGAGCAUUUGGUCAACGACUUUAUCUGUGGAGGUGUGCUGGGUGCCGUGCUGGGGUUCUUGAGCUUCCCAAUUAAUGUUGUAAAGGCUCGGAUCCAGUCUCAGAUUGGUGGGCCGUUCCAAUCUUUCCCCAUGGUUUUCAAGACAAUCUGGCUUGAGCGGGACAGGAAUCUGAUCAAUCUCUUCAGAGGAGCCCAUCUGAACUACCAUCGCUCUCUCAUCUCCUGGGGAAUAAUCAAUGCAACCUACGAGUUUCUGUUAAAGAUUGUAUGAUAAGGUCACUACAGGAAAUGUUAUUCUCCUCCAACUAGA